CACGCACACACACAUGCACACAAACACAAAAGAGCACAUCAGCUUUACCCACAGUCAGUCUGUGUUGGGUUUUACAAGACGGGAUGUCCCCAAAAGGACCCCAGCUGACCGGACUGCAACAAGUGGCCUCGGCCCAAUGACAUUUUGGGAUGGAGGUGUGCAAGUUGAGGGGACUCGCGUGGAUCCUCCUCCUGCUGUGGGCUCUACCGCACAGGACCACCGCCCAAAGGCGUAACGGACGCAGGAAUAACUACAAGCUCUAUGAAGAUGGACCGAAUGCAGGUCGUCCGUGCUCCCUGGAAGUGGUUUUCAUCCUGGACAGCUCAGAGAGUGCCAAAAUAAGCCUGUUUGAGAAGCAGAAGGCGUUUGUGCUGGGAUUCAGUACACGUCUGUCCAUGCUGCAGGUCGCCGGCUGGACCCUGAGCAUGCGAAUGGCCGCUUUGCAAUACAGCAGCUCCGUAUCGGUGGAGCAGCGCUUUUCAGCAUGGACCAACCUGGACGCCUUUCACGGCCGUGUCAGCGUCAUGAGCUACAUCGGCCACGGUACGUACACCACCUACGCUAUCGGAAACGCUACAGAGCUGCUGGUGAGGGAGACCUCAGAGGACAGCGUCCGUGUGGCUGUGCUGAUGACGGACGGCGCGGACCACCCGCGAAACCCCGACGUGGUGGCGGCCGCCAUAGAGGCCAAAGAGCACGGCGUCAAGAUGUUUGCGGUGGGGCUAUCGCACAUCGCUCAGCAAGGGCCUAACAGCGCUAAGCUGAGGGCCAUAGCCAGCGUGCCUGCUCAGCAGUUUGUGCAAAGCCUUCAAGACCCUCAGCUGGAGCAGAAGCUGCUCAAAGAGAUGGGCUCAGUCGUAUUACAAGAGUGUCCCGAAAUGCAGGAGUGCUUUUGUGAAGGUGGAGAGCCAGGCCCACAAGGACCUCAGGGCCGAAAAGGAGAUCUAGGUUCGAGAGGACCAGCUGGUUCCAAAGGAGCCAGGGGGGAACCCGGUGCGGAUGGUCAACCAGGAAGUAAUGGCGCUGAGGGACGUCCGGGUUUCAAAGGUAGCAAGGGGGACAGAGGAGAAUGCGGGCCUCCUGGCGGGAAAGGUGACCCGGGAUUGGAAGGGCCGAUCGGACCACAAGGACCGAAAGGAAAUCAGGGUGAAGUUGGGCCACCUGGAGACAUUGGACCCGAGGGACCAACUGGACAAAAAGGUGACAGAGGGCCAAGCGGCAAUGCCGGACCACCAGGAGACUUCGGGAUUGGCUUCCCAGGAGCCAAGGGAGAAAAGGGCAACCAGGGAAGACCUGGAUCAACUGGUCUAGGCGGUAUCGGAGAACCGGGACAACCUGGUCCUCUAGGACCACCUGGACAGCGAGGCAACCCAGGACCACCUGGAGAGGGACUACCAGGACCCAAGGGGGAUCGAGGAUUUGAAGGACCCCGGGGGAACCGUGGGCCUCCUGGCAUCGGAUUCAAAGGGGACAAGGGCAAUAUCGGGGUAUCUGGGUUGCCAGGUCCAGUCGGAGCUUCUGGUGUCGGAAUCCAAGGAGAAAAGGGUGAUCCAGGUCUGCCUGGACCCGCAGGCCUCAGAGGAGGUCUAGGUGUGGGAAUUCCGGGACCUAAGGGGAAUUAUGGAUUUCCUGGAGGACCAGGACCACCCGGUGAGAGAGGUGUGGGAGUGCCAGGUCCAAAAGGGGACGUGGGGCCUGGAGGCCAACCAGGGGUACCUGGUCAUCCAGGAGAAGACGGGACCCCGGGACAAAAGGGUGACAUUGGGUUUCCAGGACCCAGGGGACCAGACGGUAGUCCUGGUAAAGGUGCGCCUGGAGAGAAGGGAGCCAGAGGGGACAGAGGCUCCAGAGGCCUGCCAGGCGCUGUUGGUUCUGUGGGACCAGCUGGGCCCAAGGGUGAUACGGGAUUUAUCGGGCCACCUGGCGCACCUGGACAACCUGGGAGGGGACUACCUGGUGCCAAGGGAGAUCCAGGCCCACAGGGUCUCGCUGGAGCUGUGGGCGAACCGGGGCGUGGUAUAACUGGACCCAAGGGUGACAGAGGUCCACCAGGGUCUUUGGGGUUGCCUGGAGGUAAAGGUGAAGGCUUUCCAGGACCUCCGGGGCCUCCAGGAAGUCCUGGUUUGACAGGAGAAACAGGAGCAGAUGGUGUCGGCCUACCUGGACCAAAGGGAGACAGAGGCCUUCCUGGAUCUUCUGGACCUGCCGGACCACCAGGAGUUGGACUCCAUGGGCCAAAGGGUUCCCCUGGCAUAAUAGGACCUCCAGGUCCACAGGGACCCCCAGGAGAGGGCAUCCAAGGGCAAAAGGGUGAGUCUGGAUUUCAGGGAAUCCCUGGCCCGAGGGGUCCUGCUGGAGUCGGACUACAGGGUGAUAAGGGCGACCGAGGUUUUGCUGGUGAGAAAGGGAAAAAGGGAGACAGAGGGACGACCGGAGAACCAGGAAUUAUUGGACCUUCGGGUAGAGCUGGACAAAAAGGAGAACCAGGACUUACGAGGGAAGAAGUCAUUAGAAUUGUUCGAUCCAUUUGCAAUUGUGGGGUGACGUGUCGCCAAAGCCCCCUGGAGCUGGUCUUCGUCAUCGACAGCUCUGAGAGUGUGGGCCCUGUCAACUUCGAGGUCGUCAAGGACUUUGUGAGCGCUCUGGUGGACCGGGCGUCAGUGGGCAGGGACACUACAAGGGUGGGCGUGGUGCUCUACAGCCACAUCAAUGUGGUGGUGGUCAGCCUUAGUCAGGAUGCGUCUCGGGACCAAGUGAAGGCAGCGGUGCGGUCCAUGACCUACAUGGGCGAGGGUACCUUCACAGGCAGCGCCAUCCACCAGGCCAACAGGCUGUUCCGGGUGGCUCGGCCACGCGUCAGAAAGGUGGCCGUGGUCAUCACCGACGGCCAGGCUGACAAGAGGGACUCGGUCAGUCUCGAGAGCGCGGUGAGGGAAGCCCGGGCGGGUGAGAUCGAGAUGUUUGUGAUCGGAGUGGUGAACGCCAGCGACCCAUUUUUUGGCGAGUUCAAGAGGGAGCUGGACUUCAUGGCCUCUGAACCGGACGCAGACCACGUGCACCUCAUAGACGACUUCAAAACGCUGCCAGCCCUGGAGAAGAAACUCCUGAGCCACAUUUGCGAGGACAGCAGUAGUGAUGUUUUACACUCAAUCCUGAGCGGUGGACUUCCUCCAAGACGCCCAGAGGUCUCGCCUACCUUCACGGGAGACUUCCGGAGGAUUCAGGUCACGCCGCAUCCACCGCCAUCUUAUCCCGAGAGACAAGUGACCACUCCGACACCGAAAAUGGAUGACCGGAGCUUAUCGGAAUCGCAGCGAUUUCCAUUCUUUGACAGACAACCUUUGAGGCCUGACGGUAGCGCCCCGACCCGACACACGCCAAAAGUGGUGGUCAACAGGCCCACAACAACUACCAUCAAAACGCCACAAGAGAUUCCACAAAUCACGCCAGAGCUCUGCCGUGCACCGUUGGAUCCGGGUCCAUGUCGAAACUACGUGGUGCGCUGGUACUACGACUCAUUGGCCAACGCUUGUGCUCAGUUCUGGUUUGGAGGUUGCCACGGCAACGCCAACCAAUUUGACAACGAGAGGAAAUGUAAACAAACCUGCGUGCGGGUCUAACUUAAACCAUAUGUCAUCAUCAUAGUCAUAAAAAUGUUUUUGGUAAAGGUGCUUCCCUGUUUAAAAAAAGCAUGUUACUUGUACUUGAAUAUUUUUGAACACUAACUUUUUCACUUUAUAUUUUUCUAAUGUUUUACUGUGUAAUGGCGUAAAUAAAACUUAUUUUUUAAUUA